AUGGGCAACAACACCUCGCGCAACUCGCACAACCCUCCUCCACCUCCGCCUCUCCCUCCUCCGAACAACAUCAUUCCUCCACAGUCCGGUCUGACUUCACAGCCGCUGUUCCCUCAUCCUCCGCGCAGAGAGCCGCAGCGUCGUGGCAGCGUUCAAGCUCUGUCCACGUCAAACUCAAACUCAAAGGCUCCAAAUAACGUCAAGUCUUCGGCCGCCCCGCCGUCCGCCUCGCUCGAGGUCACCGCCGCAACCUUUGCUCGCACGAGUGUGACUCCAAAAACACAUGUCCAUGCUCGUUCUAGAUCCCACACCACCGGAAACAUCCAAAUUCCUCAAGCUGUUCGCUCGCAUCUCCCAAAUCCCGAUUCCUCACCAAUUCCCAUCGCAAUGGGCAACGAAACCAGCAGAGAAAAGACCCCAAGAGAGAAGACCAGAAGGGAUACAACCGUCCAGGCUGCCUCGCCCGCCCGCAGACCUUCGCCGCUUCCUGCUGUCAGCUCGCAGCCUCUGAAUGUCCCUCAGUCAAACGCCUCGAAACUUUCGCAACCUCAGAAUGACCCUCACGCGACCGCCCCCGACAAGUAUCUUCCGCCUUCAACCUUCCAUCAGCCUCCGCGCGUACCUCUCCCCAUCGCCGAGGAGCUUCACACUCCAGGCUCGCCCAUCAUCACACCUGCCGACCUCUCCGCAGGCGCUCCUAUCGCCCAGAUCGACGACGUGCCACUUUUGCGCAAUACUUCCGACCUGAGCAGGCCAGACGAGGACGACGAGAGUGUGGCAGACGACUUCUUACCUACCGAACAAGAGGGUCGCCAUGUGGUCAACACGCUUCUGGAGUGGAAUGGCGAGGGUGAAAAGGUCUACGUGACCGGUACCUUUGCAGAUUGGGACAGGAAGUUCAAGCUUCAUCCAAACGGCCCAAGUCCGAAUAGCAAUGUCCUUUCGACUACCAUUCCUCUUCUUCCCGGAACUCAUCACUUGAAGUUCAUCGUCGAUGGGGACAUGCAGAUCAGCAAUCAGCUCCCCGCCACCGUCGACUUCACCAACAGUCUCGUCAACUAUAUUGAAGUCUCUCCCGAUGACCCAGGCGCAGACCACACCGCAGCCUCCGAGCUCUCCAAAGCCGAAGGCAAGCAGCCCGUCUCCGACGCCCACGAUCAAGCCGUUUCUCCUACCAGCCGCGCUGCCUAUCAUUCCACCUCUGUCCCUAAAAACUCUCCAGUCGCCCCCGCCGGCCUCAAGGUCCCCGAGGCCCCAGCCCACAGCACGAAGCCUGCACCCGUCGUUCCUGCUGCGCCAAAGAAAUACCACUCUACAAUUCCACGCUUUUUGCUCGACCUCGAUGCACCCGAAGACUCGUCUCGCUUUGCCCGCGCCACUGAAGCCAUGGGAUCUCUUCCUGCCCCACCCACGCUCCCGCAGUUCCUUAACAAGAGUAUCCUCAACGGCCAGACCCCAAUGAAAGACGAUAACUCUGUCCUCACAUACCCAAAUCACACUGUCCUCAAUCAUCUCGCCACCAGCAGCAUCCGCUCCAACGUUCUCGCAACUUCUGCGACGAUUCGUUACAAAAGGAAGUUUCUCACUACCAUCAUGUACAAGCCUACCAGCGAUGACGGCGACUAG